AUGUUCAGACGCGCCGCGAACUCGUCGCUACGAAGAAGUCUCCAUACCUCGACGCCGCGUUCCGGUCCCGCACCGCGUUUGAACCGGCUUGGCUUCGCGCUUGGUGCCUCGACCGUGGUCGCCACUUACCUGACGUUGCGGUUGAGUCUGGAUAGCCAAAAAGUCGCGUUAGAUGGUCCUGCCAGUGGUUCAGCAUCUUCCAAGCCUCCGCAAUCCGACUUCAGGUAUCCCAGCUUUUCGCCUGCGCAUGUCCCCCAGCCUGUGCGCGCCGCCGAGCCAGAGGUAUCGUCCUUUGACGACGCAGAAUCAUCUUCGGCACCUUCUGAAACCACGGCCGAGCCCUCCUUUGCAUCCGAGGACACCACAGAUGCUUCUUCCACCACACCGGAGUCAGAAACUACUGGCGUCGCAGGAGAAGAGGACUCUGCUGAAGCUGGCGCAGGGGGAGGUGGUGCAUACGACCCCGUUACCGGCGAGAUCAAUUGGGACUGCCCGUGCUUAGGUGGAAUGGCUCAUGGACCGUGUGGCCCACAGUUCCGCGAAGCUUUCUCGUGCUUUAUCCACUCGGAGGACGAACCGAAGGGUAUCAACUGCGUCGAAAAGUUCAAGGACAUGCAGAAUUGCUUCAGAGAGCAUCCGGAGAUCUAUGCCGAAGAAAUUAUGGAUGAUGAUGACGACGAGCCAGAGGGUGUAGCCAUCGCGGAGUCCGCUGCUGCUGACGAAGUUCGACCUCCCCCAGAGUCGGAGAAGUAUGAGCCUCCAGUAGAGCACAUCAACUCCUCUUCAGCAGACUCGCCGCCCUCCGACACGGCAUCUACACCAUCGCUGUGA